AUGGUCAAAGGUCCUGAGGCAAAGCCUACCAGUGUGUUCAGGAACAAUGAGGUGGCUAGUAUGACUGCAGUAGAGAAAGCCAAGGGAAGAGUAAUAGAAGAUGAGAAAUUGGAUGUUUUUGGCUUCUGUGUGUUAGGCUGCACUUUAGGAAGCCCCAAAUUGGGGGGAUCUUUGAAGAUCAUUGGCUUUCAAGAAGAAUUUUCCAUAGACACUUUGGGCAGACUUGCCUUAGUUCCUGAUCUGAUUCAGCAUUCUGGUUGCCUAGAUACAGAUGUAAACAAAAGUGCCUUUCCGACUGCCAAGGAACUACCAGAUGAACCUGAUGGUCCCCUUCCUGGCUCAGCCAGUGACCAAGAAAAGAAAGUAAGAUUAUCUCCAGCCAAAAUGUCAACCAGGAAUUCUACAGAUCUAGUUGAAUAUAUUGACAAGGGUCAUUCUUUCCUUCCUGUCAUUCCAAACACCCAGAGAAGUCAGCUAGAAGACAGACUAAACAACCAGGAGCGUACCAUAGCCUUCCUCCUAGAACAAGCCUUCCGCAUCAAGGAAGACAUCUCUGCCUGUCUUCAGGGAACCCACGGCUUUCAAAAAGAGGAGUCACUUGCCAGGAAGCUUCUGGAAAGUCACAUCCAGACCAUCACCAGCAUAGUCAAAAAACUCAACCAAAACAUUGAGGUCUUAGAAGAACAAAUAAGAGUUCGAGACCAGGCGGCCACAGGAACUAAUUUUGCAGUACAGGACCUAAACACCAAACACCUACAAGGAGUUGGAGAUCUUCGAGGAAGAGUAGCCAGAUGUGAUUCAAGCAUUGUAAAGCUUUCUGGAGACAUUCACUUCAUCAGGCAUGAGUACCGUCAGAUUGAGAAAUCAAUUCAAGAGCUUGUGUCUGCCCUGGGAACUGUUUCUAAGAACUUGGAUAUGAAGGUAAUGCAGCUCUUAGGAAAAAUAGAGGCUUCCAGUUCUGUGCAAACUUCAAAUUUAAAGAUGGUCCAGGGGGAUUAUCGCCAUGAAAUGAACCUUUUGGAGUUCAAAUUUAAUUCACUUUCAAAUAAUCUCUAUGAAGAAGUUGAAAACAAUAAAAAAUGGACUGAAAACCAGUUCAUCAAAUAUGCAAAAGACCAGCUCACCCAUAUAAAUCAGUGUCUGAAGCUUCUGCAGGAGAAACUGGAAAAGUCUGAAAAUAAAAUGGAAGAAAAAUUGCUGCAGCUUUCAAGAAAAUUAGAGAAUUUCAUUAACACACAGAAACAGGAAUCAGAAGACAACAAAAUAAAGCAGGUAGAAAAUAAAGUGUCCAGAAAGAUGAGCCAACUGGAAAAGCAGAUCUGGGGUGAAUUAGAGAAAAUGCAGGCUGAAUAUCAAACAGGUUUUAAAUCCAUUCAUGACUCUCUCAGCUCCCUUCAACAAAUACAGAAAACAAAGAUGCAAUUACAGAAAUAUAAAGUCCAGAAAGAUAUAAAGAAGUUGCAGCGCAAGAUAGUGGAACUCCAAGAAGUAUAAACAUUUCCAGUCAUCUUCUUUGUCACCAGCCAAUGGAGUGGGUGGGUGUGAAGCUGGGGAUAAGAAAGUUGUUAUCUCUGGAUGGUAGCUGCUUCUAACAUCUCUGUAUUUCUAACCACUUUUUAAGGAAAUAAAUGUAUCAAAAACCGAAGAAAGCAAAGAAGCUUUAUGAUGUCUUCACUCAUUUAUUAAUGAAAAAAUUGAGGAAUUUCUUCACGUACAUGCCAAUUUAUGUUCUUAUUUGCCUAGAUCAGAAAAAUGCACAUAAAAGAAAACCAGGUGUAAGACGUUAAAGAAAGGUAUUAACUGCAGCAAAUUGGAGACUUUAUUGUUCUCAGGUGCCCUCAAGUCGGUUCUAACAGCGACUUUUACGCAACAGAACAAAACACUGCCUGAUCCUGUGCCAUACUCACAAUUGCUGCUGU